UGGGAGAGAAAAAAACGUUUUGUUGAAAGCCGAGACGUGAAUCAAGAGGAGGGUAGAAACUCGCCGGUACCGGGGCUAGAGACUGCAACAAAGCUUCCUGGAGAAGUGAACGAGAGAGCAGAUCUAAACCCUCCAGCCACAAAGUGAGCAGACUUGAGGUUCUGAGCCCGUGUGUUGCAGUUAAGAAGCGCAGAUGGUGAGUGAUUUCCCUGCUCUGUUUGCACCGUGUGUGUGCCUGUGUGUAUUUGUGUCUGCAGCCUCCCCUCCCUCCGUUGCUCUCCUCUCUGCCUCUCUGUAUGAGAGAGGAGGUGAGGUGAUGAUGUCCGUUCACUCGGUUCACUUCAGAUUUAGCUUACCGGGGACGGGUUGUUUCCAAUAAACCUCCGUCUGUAACAAGGGGAUGAGUGAAAUGUUGAGGGAGAAUAAUGUAAAGAGGCUCGUAUGUUGAAUUUAAGCACCAGCCGUCGUGUUCCUCAAAUGCUAACGAUGCACCGCUUGUUUUAACAUCUUUUAGUUAGCUAGCUUGUUGGAUCACUAAUAUCAACAUUAAAGGUUAGUCAAAACCCAUUUCAACAAUACAAAUUACACCAAUUAGCCCAGUUUUUCAGUGUAACAGAUCAAAUUUAAACGCCUCUACUUAUUGUAAGUAGAAUUAUUGUGGUUUGGUUCUUGUUUUUGUUUUGCACUAGCUUAAAAAUUGGCCAAAUGUGCCAUAAACCGGCUCCAACCUGCACAGUGUUACAUAAAGGUCUCCUCUAAAGACUCGCUCUCAGACAGAGAAGUUCCCUGUUACAGGGUUUCCAAGCACUUGACCCUCUGAAAACCACAGAGCAGAGACAUGAGAAGAAACAAGCUCUGAAACUUAAGGAGAAAAGGAUUAUAUAUGUUUACAUUUGUAUUAGCAUCCGAGUUUUUAGUUUCAUACACCUCUAGACAAGUUAUUUUGGAUAAAUGCCAUUUAAAGAAACAUGAGAAUCCUGAUUCUUCACAGCACCCUUUACUCACAUUACAGGAUCAGUUCACUGGUCAUUAUCCUAACCUAGUCAGUCCCUUAUACAAAAAAAGGAGAUGCUUACAUUUAGAUCACCUAACUGGGAUUAUCAGAAAUCAAGAUCGUGAAACAUAGCUAAAGGUCCUCUGAAUGAGAACCGAGUGGAUUUUACACCAUUAUGGGAACAUAAAACCCCACAGCGGUUUAUGAAUUCACCUGCAGCUGCUAAAAUAUUCAGCUGAGUCAUACCAAAUGAAUAAGUGAAUGGAUUAAACUGAAAUCAGCAGUGGAUUAAAGCUCUACCCCAGGUGGAAGGAAAAGUGUGCUUCUGUAUUGUUCAUUGCACCCUUCUUGUCUGUGUUUGUUCUGCGGAACAGUUUAUAAACUGCUUUGUGGCCUGCUCUAACCACUUUUCAUCCAUCCUGGGCACCACAUUUACACCAGCCUGUCAUUAUGGCCUUGGCAUAUGGUGAAAAGGCUUAAGUAAGUAUAUGGUCAGUUUCAUUUCCUGCCUCCAUCAGUGGGCUGCCUGACUGUAAUUCCAGUUGGAGCUGACAGCACGGAUUGACACCGUGCUCUGAUGGAUGAUUUGCGUCACUGUUUUGGUGGAUUUAAGAGCCUGUUGUUGUCUUUGUAAAAAAAAAAAAAAGUAAGGAAAAACAACAAUGGAAAAAAAUAGUAAUGUGGAAAUUCGAAAGGAUUUUGUGCAGAAGCUGCUUCGUGGACUAAUGACAUCUAUUCAGUUUGACCAUAUGCUCCCCUGUCAAACAAUUAUCAUUAACAGCACAAAAACCUGGUUUGGUGGGCAUGUUUGAGGGGCCAUAUGUUGGGAGGAGGGGAGUUUUUCCUGCUGUCAGAUGUGCAGAACAGAAGUAAAUGGGUCGCCAGCAGGUCCAGACGUCAGAGCUGCAGGCAAAAAAGACCACAGUACCAGUUUUCACAAGCUGCAUACUUGCUGCUUUGUGUCCUCUCCUCAGUCACUUAAGUUAUUACACUUCGUGGAAGCUCAAACAUGUGAAAUCUGGUCAGGUUGGGAACACAAAGCUCUUUCUGGGCCUGAAAAAGUGUGGAUUGUUUCACAGUGUUUUGAAAUGCUUAUUGCUUUUAAUAUGAUUGAUUUACGAUGUGUGAGACAUACAAAUGUUUCAUUUUUUGCUAGCUAAAUCAAUACAGAAGUGAGGUUGCUAUUUUUCAGUCAUCAAAAUCAGAUUUAUUACCAAAGCACCUUUAAAUCAGGAGGAAUUUGCCUCAGUUCAUUGGUGCUUACAAUGAACAAAGAGGUAAGGAAACAUAAUACACAACAGACUUUGUAACGUCUGAAAUAUAGACAAAAAAACGUCUUAACCUCCAACCCAGUCACUCAAUCCAUACUCCUGUUCUUCAAUCCUUGAUUUUAAAAGAAGGCCAGAUUUCUGUGGCCUCUUUUUCAUCCUCUGAUGAAUGCAAACCUGAUUUUAGAUUUUGCAGUGCUGAAGUUUUCUGGCUCAGACUUUGAGCACAAAGUCUUAGCACAUUCCUUUCACUUUGAUUUGUUUCAUUUAUUUCAUUUUUUCUGUCAUAUUCGGUGAGACUUCUAAGAAAAUAAGAUCUCAGACAGGAUUAUAAGGAAAGGCCUGUAAUUGUCCCUUUACUGCUUUUAAUGUGUAUGUUACAUGUUAGUUCAAUUGUUAAUACUUGGUAGAGUCUCUCUGGUCUGACAGCAGCUCUCCACCCUUCAAAUCUUCCUGUAAAGAAUCUCAGUAUUAAUCGUUGAAAAAAAAACAACAGUGCACCCACAGUGAUUUGCAUCUCUCUGACUGUCAGCAGCACUGACACUUUGUAGGUAACCUGGUUUCAGAAGACUCAAAGGCAGUUUUUUUCUCAGUGUAGCGUUUCAAAAGGCAACAAUAGGCGUCACAUUUUGAACUCUGUGGGAAACUACUCUCUGCAACUUCUGUGAUCCACGUUUCAUCUCAAGGAAAUGACUGUUUGCAGCAGCCUCUUGUCUCACACUCCAGUUCAGGAGAGUUUAAAGUGAAAUGGAAAUCUCACAAAGCAGAUAUUUGCAUUUGAUUUUUUUUCUUUUAGACAGGAAGGGGCAUGUCAGCGUGAAUACCAGUCCUUUGGGGGACUUAGGUUUUGAAAUGUUUCACUUCUCUAGCUCAUGAUAAUAUCUAAUCAGGCAAAGCACUCUGGGCUGUCUCUUCUUCUCUGCACCUUCUGAGUUCCUGAAGGCAGCAUCCCCUCACUGUUUCAAGUUAACACAGGCAGCAGGGCUACAGAACAUUCUUCCACAGGCCAUCACUGGUUUGGCUUUUUGCAGUUUUAAGAGGGGGAGAAAAAGCUGACCAGCUGCUGCAGCACACCAGUACAGAAACUUGUUUUCAUGAAGAUGACAGACUUUGACACGCCACAAGGUGAAAUGUCAGCGCACAAAAAUGAGAUGUACUACACGUUCUGUUUAAGAGCAGUUUAUAUAGUUUCUAACUUAGUUGUUGAAUUGAAAAUAACCCGGGACAUUUUCAAAGCUUGAUGAGCUAAAAUUACAUACUUCUGAUAAACAGCCAGACCUGCCCCUGGCUCUGUUUUCAAAGAACUGGCAUUAGUAGCUCUACGGGCUUUUUUCAGGGAAGUUACAAAGACACAGCAGUGGAAAAGUCCUGUGAGCAAACCUUGCUGACUUUUAAUUCAAAGUUUAAAAUCACUUUCAUUUUCUCUGUCUGUAAGGUUGCCAGUUUGGCUUUGCAGGGAAAUUGUGCCCCAUGUACAGAGUCCUUGGAGUGGACAGCUCAGGUUUGACUUCAACUUGGGACCCUUUUGGCACUUUUCAUUUCCAGUUUCUUAUUCUAUCUGCUGUCCCAUCAUAUCAAAGGUGUGAGAAGCCAAAAAAUUAACAAAACAAAAGUUUAAUUUAUGCCAUAAACGUUCACUUUUGGGGGUUUGUCCACCCUCAAAUAAAAAAUAACUAUAGAGAAAAUGCACACUUCUUAUAAUGGAAGAUGUGAUUGGACUCUGACCUGAUUUCUUUAUCUGAAUAUGCAGCAAGUGGAUCAACCAAAAUAUAUGUUUUUUUUUUAUGAUUUCCCAAACCAAAAUGUCAGGAAUUUAUCAGUUGCAACUUCUAGAAAGUAACGUUUUGCUGCAUUUGUGGCACAGAUUGGACUUUUUGAGUCUUCCCCUCGGUCAUAAGAGGAGAGUGAUGGAAAAUGUAGACAUUUUCUUACAUUUGAGAGUCAUAAAGUCAACCUUAUUGAUGAUUAAAGAACAGGGGAAUUGAUGUAAAUCAGUGAAAUUCAGAUAGUACAUGCAGCGGAUACAGACUGCUUUUAUAUUUUCAAUGGAAAAGAUUAAUGACGGGUUGGAUUAGAAGACUCCAGUCACACAUGUACAUGACAACAUCACCAAAGAGACCAGUGUUCAGAGAGGACACAAUAAUCAACCAAAACCUAAGGUUACCUACAGAAGCUUUUUAUCAUCUUUGACAAGCAAAUGUGAUUGGACAGCUAUACCGUUUUUUUUUUUUUUUUUUUUUUUUUGAGUGUUUACCCAAAAAAAAAAAAAAAAAGAUAAAAAAUAUAAAGAUGCAACGUUGACAUGUUUCACUUUUAUUUUGACAGUAAUGACCUGUUGGUCAUUAAAUACUUUUAGAUUAGUCUUUAAAAGAUAGAACUUGAACAGCUCACCCUCUCUCUCUCUCUCUCUCUCUCUCUCUCUCUCUCUCUCUCUCUAACACACACACACACACACACACACACACACACACACAUACACACAGAAGAUAUUCACUAUCUAGUGAGUCCAGGCGCAGAAAACUGCCCGGUCACCUUCUCAUUGCCUACAGGAAGCUCAGAAAGGAAAGAGAAGUAGUGACAGACCCAACACCCUGACACGCUCCCAGAUAUGAUUAGUCUGCAGACUGCUGCUGUGAACCUUCAUCUGCACUCUUUGUCUCUGUGUCCUCGGACUUUCAUCACUUCCCUACCAAGUCAAGUGUCAAAACCCCACAGUGCGUACUUUUCCAUCACAGUGGCACUUUUUUCUAACCUCAUAUUAGACUUGACUUGUUGUCUUCUCUGGCAUCUUGUCCGCAUAUCUUGCUUUGUCUCUUCAUGUUCAGAGUUCCUGAUGGAGGCUGGCUGUCAAAAGGAGUCCAUAUAUCUUUCCCCUGCAGCAGCUGUUUCAGCUGUUGGAUCAGUGCCAUGGCUCAAAACGCCAGAAAGUGCAAUAUAUAGCGUGAUGCUAUCUACAGUGAUAUUAAAGUGAAGACUCGUGGUUUAUGUUGCAAGUACAGAGCUGAAAAAUGCCGUUUGUUAUGAUUAAAAGUCAGAGUGAUUUACGACUGAGAGACUGUGUUUAGUUGAGUUGAAAAGAUGAGGUUCUCCACAUUCUCACUCUGUUGUUUUCCAUUCUGCUGUCCUGAAUGAUGAAGCAAUGAUCAUGUCUCUAAAAAUAAGGGGUGAGAGGGAGUGGGAGACCUGUUUCAAUGAUAUAAUGCAUUUGUUAAUAUAGCGCCUGCCUUCCCUUCUAUGGAGCUGUGUCAGUACAUUGUGCGUAUUCAGCUAUGAUCAAGUGUGAAGCAGGGGUAGUUUAUCAGAUGCUGUUGUGUUCAGAAGAACCAAAAAGGCAAAAUGAGCAAAUUCUUCCUCUUGCUUUGUACUCUUUGUAAACAUGUUGACCUUUAACCCUUGUUAAAGCCUCUACAGCUGCUGAAACUGUUUUAAAUUGCUAUUAUUUACGUCAGCUGAUAGCUCUUGUAAACAGCACGAUUCAGACUAGAGGGGUCUGGUUUAUGGGUUUGGGCGUCUGUUGGGCUUUCAAAGCAGUAAAAGACUCGCACAGACUGUUUUGAUGUUGCAUGCUUUUAAAUUCCCUAACCGUUACAUCGUUCUCCUGAUGUUGAAAGAACAAGGGCAAAGUCAGGGGUCAUUUCAUUUCUUGUCAGUGACAAAAAAUGGUUGAACUUGUUAGAGUAAUGGUAGAAACACACUCAGUUGCUUUUUGCACUGGCCUGGGGAGAAGAUUGAUAAGACUCUCAAACAAAAUCUGCGAUACCUCACACUUUUAGCCAGGCAGUCAGCUCAAUAUCGCUUCGUCGUGGUCCAGAUCCCUCUUCAAAGCUAACAGUCGUGCAUCUUAAGGGGUGUGGCUGAUUUGACUGAUAGAAUGAUGCUAUCUGCCACAUGGUUAAAGGCCUGCCUUCCUCUUUGCUUAUUGUUAGGUUAGGCUGGUUUCUAGUCAAGUUAGUUGGGGUUAGCAUUUACAACACUGGGAUCACCAUUGUUCCUAACGCCUCUGAGACUAUAUCUAUUUGGGGUAGGAAUCACUAGUGGCCCCACGAUACGAUAUUAUCACAAUACUUGGGCCACGAUACAAUAUUAUUGUGAUUUUUAACUUUUUGCAAUACAGUGAGUAUUGCGGAACAAUAUAUUGCGAUUUAUAAAAAAAAUUUCAACUAUUUAACUAAUUUAGGAUUUGUCUUUCCUUUGUGUUUGUCUUAGUUGCACAAUAUUUUAUUUUCAUGAAGCACAUCUUGCAAACUUAUGUGUCAGGUCCAUCUCAUUUGUGCCCUGUUUGCAUUCCUUAUGUCUUUCCCCAGGUGCUGUUUGUUGUACUAACUUUCUCCUGCUCUAUGAUGUCACCUUUGCCAACCUCACUGGACAAACAGUUGAUUUUAUUUUUCCAUUAUCGUAGAUUUAAAUUCAAUGAAUUUGAAAAAAAUCGAUACUUGGUCAAUGAGACAAUGUGAUAUACCACCAGACAUAGUAUUGUGAUACUGAGCUGUAUCGAUUAUUUUCUCCCACCCCUAAUAUCUAUGUUUAUACAGUCUAUGGUUGUAUCUGGAACUGCAAUUGUAACACUAAACAGACCAUUAAAAAAGGAGUGACCAUUUAAUCCAUACACGUGACGCACAUUCACUUCACCCGUUUGAGACUGCCUAUAUGUAGGUGUCGCUUUGGUGGUGACUGCAUGCAAAGCAGACUGAUGUGUAAGAUGACUGAAGAAGGAAAAAAAGCGAAGAUCAUGAGUCAGAUGACGAGCUUGAUGUUUUAAAACACAGCACUUUUGCUAUUUUGGAUAAUUUUGUACUCUGGGGAAGAUGCUGUUAACACACGCCAGCACUGAGAAAGAAACAGGAGCAGAAAUAUUCCCGCGUACAUCUAGAUUUAUGGUUUGUUUUUAGUUUUGAUUGCAAGUCAUCAUUUGUAAACAAGCUUGUUGCACAUUUAGGAAUUUUUCUCACAUUUUGACAGCCAAGUCACGUCUUUCUUGAUUAGUCUUUAAAAUAGUCCAGGUGAGAGUGAAAGAUUCAUGUGCUAAUGGAGGACUGUUAGUCAGACUUUGUUCUCAAACACAAGCUGUCUUUUUCCCACUGCUGUUCUGAGUGUAAAGUUAGCCAUGCUAAAAGGCUGCAGGUUGUUGUUUACAUUACAAACACAAGAUUUGCAUUGACCUUGUCAUCUGACUCUUUCAACAACAAAAAUAACCCCAAACUCUUGAAGACAGAACUAUUUCAGGCAUACUGAAAGAUUCAGAGAUGUGCUGCAGGAGUGAUUUAGAGUUGAAAGAUGGACGUGGUGCUGCAAGCAACUCCGAGUUGAACCUCUGUUGAAAGAAAGAUUUCUCCACUCGUGUGAAAGUGGUCUUUGUUUGGUGUGAUGCAGCUCUCCAGCUGGCUCUAGCCUCUCACACACUGGUAUGUCAAAUUGCUUCACCGCUAAAAUAGAGUUGGUACUAGCAAAGCUAAUGAAUUACACUACAAGCCUUCUUUUAUUCCUCUUUACAUUGAACACCUUGUUCUGUGCUCAUGAAGACAGUCAGUUUCCUGACCCUGCAUAUACUCAGUGAUUUUUGGACUCACUCAUUCAGGAACGUGUAGUUUUUCACACUCUUUAAGAUGAAAGUCAUGAGAUGGGACUUAAACUCUGUAAGAUAGAGGAAGCCACAUGUGUCACAAUAACUUCCUGCCACAUUCAACUGUUUAGUGGCAAAUGAGACUCAUGUACAUAUAAGGCAAAAAAGACAAGAUGGCAAAGCUAAUCUGAAGUCUUCCUGGAUGUCUGCGAGUUUGUGUGUGUGUGUGUGUGUGUGUGUGUGUGUGUGUGUGUGUGUGUGUGUGUGUGUGUGUGUGUGUGUGUGUGUGUGUGUGUGUGUGUGUGUGUGUGUGUGUGUGUAGAGGAAUGCAUGCCUACCCCCCUAACAUGGUUACUUAUCAUGCUGGGUUGUUUUUUCACCAGAGUAAAAAACUUUGUCAAUUCUGGGCUUUCGCUCCUAUCAUUUCUCCUUAUUUGGCAUCUUCAGCUUCGUGAUUUCUGGGGCACAAAUGAAGACGGCAUUGACCUCAUGUUGUUGCUCUCACAGCCUCUGAAGGUAGUCUGACUUUACUGUGAGUGACCUGUCAGAGGUUUACUCAGUUUUAGGCAGUGUUGAAUAACUUAAGGUCAGAGUCAGAGUCAUUCAGGGUUUACAGCAGCACCAGGAUGUGGUUUACUCUGUGUGUGUGUGUGUAUGUGUGAGCUGUCUGCUAGCAUUCUCGCAGCAACAGAUCCACUGAGCAGCAGAGGUAUAUCAGGGAUGGAGAGGAGGCAAACAAUUGAGAUGUGAUUGCAUCUACAGGAAGCUGCAUGGCUUCACUUGUAAUGACCCAAUUAUUUCAAAAGCAUGUCAUCCUGUUCCCAUCAGUGCAGUCAACACCCCGUGUGUUCCACCUACUCAAGUGUUUGAUGUCAUAUUAGGAUUAAAGGGUCAAAAAGAUCAGGCAAAUUACAGCACAGAAGCAACAUUCACCGUUUUUAUGGUUUAUUGAAAAGCACCCCUUCAUUUACAUCUUGUCUAAACUGAGGAGUAGUUAGUUAACACAGUUAAACAUGAGCUCACAGAGUCUGUCGGUGAACAGGUCAAAAGGUUUAUUUGGUGUGGCACCACCACCCAUCUUUUUGAGAUCAAAAUACAGCCAAAAAGCACAGUGCUCCAAGAUCUGUCACUUUUGUUGGUUUGCACCCAAACAGUUGAACAAUGUAGCAUUACGACAGGGACCUUAAAUUGGAGCUACAGUCUAGCCUAGGCUAGCUGCAGGUGGCUUUGAUACAUCUUAGAUGCAACAUAUGACAUAUGUCAUUUCAGGAUUCUUCAUAAUAAUAACUGUAUGAAUUACUUGUUUAACCAACUAAAAGUGCUGGAGCCAACUUGUAAGGGUGAUAACAUUUAAAGUCUCAUUCUGACCUUUUUUUUGUCGGUAAACUUUAAAUUGUGAUCAUGAAGUUUUUAGCCAAAAUCACAUUACCUGUAUCAUUUUCAAGGGCUUUUCUUCUGCAGAGCUCCAGUCGCUCAUUAGCAAUUCACUCCUAUUCAUGCUAGCUUGCAGCCUAACAUUGCCAGUAGUAAAAGGAAGCAGGUAACAUAGGAGCUAUUCAGCUCUUGGACACUAAUGUCUUUAGGGACAUAAUGAAAGCUAAUAUUAUAAUUAGCUUUCUUCUUUCGAGCAUUGCAAUCCGCAAACGCAUUGCUUGUUACGCAAUUGUCCUCUCUUCUUCUCCGAGUCUGGCCUGCAUAGCGAGGCCCCAGGGGUGGAGCUUGGAUUUGUGACGUAGGAAGUCUCACUGUUUCUGAACCUGCCGUUUGGGUCUGCCAGAGGUUCACCGUGAUUUGAAUGCAGAAAUACCCAGAAAUGCAAUUUCGCGCUUAUUUUUCUCAUGAUAUGUCCUGUAGCAUACAUAUGCAUAAGCAUAUGUCCUUUUAUUGUGCGGGGGAAAAAAAUUUCUUUUAUUUUACCUUGUGAUAUUUUUUUUCAUAACUGUUUCAGAUUAUUGCACAGAAAUCCAAAAGUCUCCUGUGGUGAUCUUGAACUGAACCAGUUUUUUUCCCCAUCUACGUUUAUUUGAUUAUAUCCCCCAAGUACAGAAUUUUCACAUUGGUUAGUGUUAUUAAAUUGUUGUAUUUAGUUAAAUUAAGAAACAAAAACUCCAACAGAAAAAUAGACAAUGACGGAAAAAGAGGCACAACCCAUUUGUUUUAAGUUAUCUGGGACUUACAUGCUGAGUUAAAGAUCAACCUUUUAAACAUGAACAGCUCCAGUUUGUUUUUGACGAUAAAGAAGAUUUUCCUUAAAGGGUUAAAAGACUGUUUCUAUGAAAAGUAUGCAGAGACUCCAUGCUGUUAUUUCCCUGUCUCUGAAAAGCUGCUGUUUGGUACAAAAAGCAGGGAAUUUUGCAAGUCAAAUAUUAAUAGACCCUCAAGACUGAUGAUCAGCAGUUGCCUCUGGAGCCAAAGAUCUCCUUCCCCUUACAACUCUGAUCACAGACCCCAACAACCCCCCCACCCCCCACCCCAUCACCACCACCACAGCUCUCCCUCCAGCUCCAGCCAAACUGCCUUACAUAACAGGGGUUUAGCAGAGUCUGCAGUGGACUUUCCCCUGCCUAAACAGAGGCUGCCCUUCUUUCCUGCACACUGGCUUUUCCACAGCGGUUAACACAUGCAAGUCUGAGCGUCUCUCUCUGUGUUUGUGCUUAAAUACCUGUUCGCCUCACUUAAAGAUAGAGCUGUUGCUCGUUGCCGCAGGAGCCAUUACUUUUCUGUAACUUCCUCCAGCUUGUUAUCAUGAAGGCUUAUCUUUUUCUCCCUAACCUCUUGAACGCCUGAGGGGAAGUCUUUCCAUUCCUCUACUCAUGGUGACUCAAACUAUAAUUAUCUGACAGAAACAUCAACAGGCAGAGCAGAGCGUGAAUGGAAAUGUAGUGAAACUUUAUGUAGUAGACAGAGACUGCAAGAGUAAACCUAGGAUUGUAGGGUUUAUUUAAUGAAGGGCUUCAUUACACGCAUGAGUUACAGAGUGGUGAGAAACAAAGCAAUAAAGACAUUCAUAGAGUUUACGUUUUUAAACAGAGAUCUCCUUUUUCUGUGAGACUUCAGCGGUGCUCCUUUUCCUCGCUGUAAGGCUGGUUCUUAACUGUUGUGCUAUGCCGAGGACAGCCCCAUGCAGAGCGUCCAACAGUUCAGCUCACAUGACUAGACAGAAGGCACCUGAUCCUCUCCCAGGGGUGCAAGGAGACAGAUGGAGCGAGUAGAAAGAGAGGUAGAAAACAAGAGAUCAGGUUUACAAUACUGAAACACCCUUAAAGGUAGUAAGAGGACAAUGAGAAAUGAAAGGGGUGUGUGUCUCCCAUGCCCCCCCCUUCUUUCAGUUUAUCAGCUGCCGUUUUCAGUCGGAGUAAAACUGGAGUUUUUACAUGCAUUAAAAUUCAGUAUAGCACAUUUGUUUCAGUUUGUUUUUCUUUAUUUAUCCAGGACACCAGAAACACCACUGAAGAGAAACCCGUUCAGCGAUCUAAGGUAUAUAUGCAUCUUCUGUUUCUUUGUAGUUUUUGGUUGAGCUUUGUGCGUUUUGUGUGUGUGUGUGUGUGUGUGUGUGUGUGUGUGUGUGUGUGUGUGUGUGUGUGUGUGUGUGUGUGUGUGUGUGUGUGUGUGUGUGUGUGUUCCUCCAUUCUGCUUCACCUUCACCUUCGUUUGAUCUGAAGAGCGAGCAGAGGAAGUCUUUUCUGUAUGUCAGAUCUUUUGUUGAUGCCUGCUUUCAUCUCUGAAGAUGGAGGCCCAGACCCCUGCCUGUUUUUCAUGCCUGGUUGUAAAUGUGUAUAUUGUAUGUGCUCAGUCUUUCAGCUUCAAAACCCAAAAGGAAGUGUGUUCAUCAUGUGAGAAGACAGUCUACCCAAUGGAGAGACUGGUCGCCAACAAUAUGGUCUUCCAUUCUACAUGCUUCUGCUGCAAGCACUGCAAUGCCAAACUCAGGUGACUGCAUAUCCAGCGCAGCCUCAAUUCCAAAGAAGCUGAGACCCAGUGGUAAAAAAAAAACAACAGGGUGUGAUAGUUUGAAAGUUUUUUAAACCCUUUAUUCAGUUUAGAAUAGUGCAAAGAGAACAUAUGUAAUGUUAAAAUGAAGAACUGUGAUUUUCCUUUGAAAAACUUAUUCUCAUUUUAAAGUUUUACCAUUAAUAUAGUUAAAAAAUGAGGCUCAGACAGAGACUUGUUUACCAUUACAACCUCUGCAACACUGUCAACAACUGGGUACCAAGAAGACUAGACUAGCUGGGAGGGUGGUCCCUUGUCCAUGAUUUCCAAAAAGGCCGUCAAAUGUAGAUUUCUCUGGCUGCAGGACAGUUUUCCUUCACUCAGUCAACUUUAAAUGGGUUCAGAGGAUACACAGUUAUUUCAGGAUCAUGUUUGAAGAUGGUUUCCUCUUUGAAGUGUACAGUAUUAACCUGCAUUUGUGGAUACAAUCAUGGACUGGAUUUUAAAAGUUAAAGUGAAGUAAUUUUGAGCCAUUGCAGUGGUCCAUGUUUGUUUUUGAUGCUGUGCUGCCUGAAGGCCCGAAGAUCACAGUCAUCUCAUCUUGGAUUUCAGCCUUGUCCUUUUUAUAGAGAUUUUUCCAUAUUCUCUGAAGUUUUCAAUGAUGUUUUCUGUGGUAGAAUUUCAAAUCUCCAAAUUCUUUGCAGUUUUAUGCUGAUGAACAUUAUUUACUUUAUGUUUUUAUGACCAUUUUACACAGAAUCCCACUUUCUGGACUUCUUGUUUCUGUUUUUACUUGAUCUGUCUUUGCUGAUCACUCCCCCUGGUUUGUUUAUAAUCAACACCAUCCUCUCCUCCCGACAGCCUUGGCACCUUUGCAGCUCUUCAAGGAGAAUUUUACUGCAAACCCCACUUCCAGCAGCUGUUCAAAAGCAAAGGAAACUACGACGAGGGCUUUGGACGCAAACAGCACAAAGAGCUCUGGGCCUCCAAGGAGACAGAUAAUAUAACAAAGACGGCAUAAUCAUGUCUACCUGUUUCCUCUACCUGCCCUGUCUCUCCCCUUUUGUCCCUCCUUCUUUACACCUCUGAUACAUCACAGUGAACACAUGCCUCAUGUGCUGAGGCAGUGUUAAAUCACCCACACUCUCACUUGCUUUUUUAAAGGCCAUCAAAUACAGAUACAUGCACAAACAGAUAGGAAAGGACUCACCAGUCAUAACCAUAGUUUGGGGAUGUAUUUUGGGUAUGUUUUUAUUAAUGUGUAUUUUCUUAAUUCCUUCUUGAAAUAGGUGGAUGAUUGUGACCAAAUGCCUUCUCUGGAAUGGGGAGUGUAAAAAUAAUCACUUAUAUUUUUUCCUUUUUAAUUUUUUAAAAUGAUUUGCACCCUUUUUUUUUUGUUGAGUGAGACAUCUGUAUGCUCAGGCAGACAUAUCAGAGGGGUUACGGUGCAUCCAUGUUUUGCAGUAGAGCAUAAACUCAGGUCAAUUUUCACCCAAGGAUUUAAAAAAAACAACACACUUUUACUCAACAAAACAACACAAAUCGAAACAACAGUCCUCAGUAUUGUGACUUCACUGUCAGAGACGUCUGUGUCAGUUUGUCAGGUUUCAUAUAUUUGAGGAACAAACAGGGUACAGAGUACUGUAACACAACCGCACAUGUCAGCAACAGCUCACCUCUCGCGUUUUUUUUUAUUUUUGUGUUAUGUUUUCGUUGCUUCAUCCAUGGUUCUCUUUUUAUGACCACUUUUAGUCCAAUUCUUGCAUGUGGGGAUGACUGAGUCUUAAUAGCCUUAUCUUAUGACUGUAUUGAUCUGUUGUGUUGUGAAAGCUUUUCUUUUCUUUAAAUCACCUUUUUAAAGGGUUUUUAAAAGCACUGGAGUUAGGAUUAGAUUGAUGUCAUGGCAGAAGUUGAUCCUCUCUGAGCUUUGAUGGUUAAAAUUUUAAUGGAAUUCUCAGAUUGUGUUUUGUAUUCUGUCUGUACAUAGAGCUGUAGUUUGUAAUUUAGUGAACGUUCCCCAACAAACUCUACUCUCGUCUUACACGUACAACCGCUCAUCACCACCAGACAAUAUGUUGAUAAUCACAGGGAAUUUUGGCUUUGUUCCUAACAUCUCUCCUCACACCUGAGCGUGAAACAAUUCAGAGGAGACAUAGACGGUUAGUGUGGUUGAUUUAUUCAGAUACAUUUCUUUGUCACAAAUGAGGAGGAUGUUGGUGAACAAAGCUGAAGUCCUGCAGGGAAUCACACAACCUUGUUCCUUUGUCAUUUGAUUCAUCAGUUUUGGGCAUCUUGAGAUGAUUUAUUUUCCCUGCUGUAUUUAAGUGUUUUCAUAUAACUGGGUAGUUUUUACAGGGGUGUAGGUGUGACCCUUUCCAGUCACCCUGACAUGUAUUGUCAUUUGUUUCCCACAGUCCUGUCUAGUUAGAGCAGACAGGUUUCCUUUUUCUUUAGAUGAGAGCCUCUCUGUUCUCGUCUCCUGUCUUAUUAGCUAAAUGCAUCUUAGCGCCUGGACCUAUUUCUAAUAUCGAAUGAAAAGUGGGUGUCUCAGAGAGGGUUUGUCACAGUAUUGGUCCCCAUUUGUGCUCCUGCAUGCUGCAUGCCAAACCCGGUGCAGAGCACCCCCUGCUGGGGAAAGUGUGACAGUAACAGCUGGAGGUAGAACGAGAGGAGGAAGAAAAAAUAUCUUGCCUGUAAACAUAAGGAAGCCUUUAUUCAAAGUUUUGAAAUGCGUUGCCUCAGACUGCUGUGCAGAAACUGCACUCCAGCAACUUUAAUCUUCUUUGAUUCCAACACCUAAGAGAAAUGAAUCCAUUUAGAAAACAUUUAUUUUUUCAUUCUAUACAAAGAAUGAGUCUAAAGCCAUUCAAAUAUCACAUUUUAGUAAAACGUCCGGUUAUCACUAAGACUUGACUGACACUUGAAUGACAAAGUACCUUUUGUGAGUGAAGGUUUAACUGUGAAUUUAAGCAUGCUGUGCAGGAGAAAGACUUGGAUGAAUAUUUGCUCGAUUUUUCUUUGAAAGGAAAAGCCUUAGAAAUAAAUAGCUAACCUUGAGUUUUUUUCAAACAAGAUCUCUAAAUCUGCAGAUCUUGAGCAAGAAAUCUGUUAAUGCCUUUUCAGAAACAAACAGGCUUAUGUUAGAUGCCCACUCUGUAACAUAGGAUUACUUCACCCAACCAGCAGCCACUUUCUCAUUGAACCACUUUUUAUCCACAUGUAAUAUUCUAUAAUUCUGAUUAUAUCCGUGUGACAGUGUGUGUUUUAUAUUUUCAUUUUUCUUCUUAAUUUUCAAAUCGGUCCUCUGGAUCUCUGAGAAUGCUUUAAAAUCAAGAGUAUUGUAUCUAGAAAUGCUGUCUUGUCAUUCUCUGUUAGCAGUUCGCCAAGGUACAACUGCAGUAUCUGUGAAUUCAAAUGUCUUAGUGUAACAGAGCAGACAAGGUACACUUUACACUGGUGCCAAGAGGCUCAGGUGAAUGAUUGCAGUGUAACGUUUUAAAUGUAAAACCUGUGAGUCAUUUAGUUUUGUGCUAUACUUGCUGUGAACUUACUUUUCAAUGCUGUUUUUAUCAAGACAUUUUAAAUGUAUGCACAUUUCAAUUUAAUCUGUUUUAAAAACUUGACCUGUGGAUUGAGGUGGCCUUACAGCAAAAGAACCCUUGGGCUGUUUUUGCAGUCUUCCCUCUCCAUCCCCUCCCUCUAUCGCCUAGCUGUGGUAUGGAAGUGUAUCAUUUUAAGACGUAAGCGCCCCCUUUCUACGCCAAUACACACUCAUUUUGUGCAUUUUCUUCUUUGUUUUAUUCUUGUUUUUUACAUGCUUUUGGAGAAAAAAAAAUAAAAUGCUGGUGAUAAUUAAAGAAGUGA